AUGAAGGCAGCGCCGCCGUCCUCCGCCUCCGUGUUCCGAUCACCAUACUUCUUCACCAUGACGGCCCUCUUUCUGUUCAUGACAAUCCUCUACAACGAGGACUACCACGCUUACCUGAGAUCAUCAUGGACAACAAAGAAUAAAGGAGAAAAGUUGCCUUUCGCGGUGGGGGAGGCCGAUAAUAGUUGCGACGUCUUCAGUGGGCGGUGGGUGUGGGACGACGACCGCCCGCUCUACAAUGAGGCCGAAUGCUCUUACCUUUAUUCGCCCUUGUGUGACAAAUUCGGAAACCCCGACACGGAUUACCAGCAUUGGCGAUGGCAGCCUAAAGCCUGCUCUCUUCCAAGUUUCAAUGUAUCAGUAGUGCUAGAAACUCUUCGAGGAAAGAGAAUGAUGUACGUGGGCGACUCUCUAAAUGUGGGCCAGUUUUAUUCGAUGGUCUGCCUUGUACAAAAGUUCAUACCCUCGUCUGCCAAAUCCUUUUCCACUAGAUUUAAUCGUUCACUCAGAAUUUUCAGAGCCAAGGAUUACAAUGCCACUAUAGAAUUCUAUUGGGCGCCGUAUCUCCUGGAGUCGAACGCCGACGAUCCACUGGUACACCAUAUAGAAAAAAGCGACAGAAUUGUCCGGAAGGACUCCAUCAACACGCACGGUGAUAACUGGAAAGGAGCCGAUAUACUGGUGUUCAACACCUAUUACUGGUGGAUGACGGGUCUCAACAUCAAGAUAUUACAAGGAACCUUCUACGACCAAAACAGAGAGAUAGAGGAGGUGGCGAUCGAGGAGGCUUAUCGGAUGGCGAUGAAGAACUUGGCGUGGUGGAUUAACGAAAACAUGGAUCCCAACGCGACGAGAGUCUUCUUCACUACCCUGUCACCCGUGCACGAAAAUGCUACUCAAUGGGGAGGUGAUGCGAAGGGCAAUUGCUACAACGAGACGGUGAGGAUAGACGACGAGAAGGGUAAAUACUCGGGAUUAGACAACGAUAAGAAUGUGAUGAAGGUGAUAGGGGAAGAGUUCGCAAAGUCGAGAUAUCCGAUAACGUUGCUCAACAUCACACAGUUGUCGAGCUACAGAAAGGAUGCACACGUGUCGGUUUAUAAUAAGAGGAAAUGGAGCCCUCUGACGCCCGAGGAGAUCGCGGACCCGGCGACCUAUGCCGAUUGCGUUCACUGGUGUUUGCCUGGGCUUCCGGAUACUUGGAAUGAACUUCUUUUUGCUAAGCUUUUAUAUCCUUGA